AUGGAGGAAACCGAAAUGAGCACAAGGUCUUCUUCUCAUCGGAAGCGAAAACAUGAAACACAUAAGUACUCUAUAAAUGUUGGUAUUUAUGAAUGUGGGGACAAUUCGCUGUGUAAAAAAGCUCACCGAAACGCUGAGGUCCAUGUUAGCUCUAGUUCUUCCGAAGAGGAAUUGCCAGGUGUUGAAGAGAAGUUUCCUGGUUGCAUCCUGCAAAAUGAGAGAACACAUCUUAAAUGGUCCAUGCAGCCAACUACAGGAAAGGCAGAUCAAGAAAAACCAGGGCAUACAAACAUUAUCUGCGAAGGGCAGAGGGCUUUGACCUCCUGGCUUACUAAAAAUAUAAUACAGACCCGUCGCGCCAGUAUAAUACAGACCCGUCGCGCUGGUGAAGGACAACUGACUGAGAAAGGAGCAGGAUAUACCUUCUUCUGGAAGGGGAAGGAGGAGAAUAAACAGAGAAUACAUGGCGUGGGCUUUGCCGUAAAAAAUGAGCUGAUUAGGAACCUGGAGGAACUCCCGGUUGGUGUAAGUGAAUGCCUGACGACACUCCGUUUGAAGCUAAAAUCCAAUCAACAAGCGACAGUAAUCUCCGCAUAUGCACCAACUCUACAGGCUGAACCUGAAGAUAAAGAGAUAUUCUACUCCACUCUUGACUCUGUGUUAACACAAAUUCCAUCCAAUCACAAGAUCAUUCUCCUUGGUGACUUCAAUGCUCGGGUUGGCAGAGAUCGCUCUGUAUGGAAAAAUGUCAUUGGGAAGGAAGGGGUAGGCAAUGCUAACUCCAAUGGGAUCCAACUCCUGACCAAAUAUGCGGAGCACCAGCUGGUGAUAACAAACACCCUCUUCCGCCAAAAGAACAGGAAUAAGACUUCAUGGAGACAUCCUAGAUCACGCCACUGGCAUAUGAUUGACUAUGUCAUUGUACGUUGCUGUGACAGAAAAGACGUUCUGAUCACCAAGACAAUGACAUCAUCUGACGAGUGCUGGACCGAUCACAGGCUAGUACGAUCCUCUAUGUCCUUUGUCAUUCGCAAGCAGAGAAUGACGCCGAAACGGCUGAGGCCCAAGUAUAACCUAGGGAAACUUGAUCACCCUGAGAAACAAGCUGAGUUCCAGUCCAAAUUGACUGCAGCGCUGCUACACGUUGAUGACAUCAAUGUUGAUUGUCUCUGGGAAGGCUUAAAGACUGCUAUUAAAACAGCUUGUGACGAAACACUGGGCAGCCAGAAGUGGUGCUAUCAGGACUGGUUUGAUGACAAUGACGCAGAGAUAGAGCAGAUAAUUGCUGAGAAACGUAAAAGAUUCUCUGUUUGGCAGAAUGAAAUCAGUAAUGCUAUAAAGAAACAGCAAUACCACGAAAUGAGAUCCAAAGUCCAAAGCCGGGUCAGUGAGAUGGAAACUAAUUGGUGGAUUCAAAAAGCACAGGAGAUUCAAGCUCUAUCCGACAGCAAUAACAGCAAAGCCUUCUUUGCAGCCACCAAAAAGAUCUAUGGGCCAACAUCCCAGGGUGUUAGGCCAGUUGCAGGCAAGGAUGGAACCCUUCACAAGGACUUGGGUGGCAUUCGUGACAGAUGGAAAGAACAUUUCUGUGAGUUACUGAAUCAGACUCCCUCGGUGAACAUUGACACAAUUGCUAAUUUGCCUCAACUCUCCGUAAAAAGCCAUCUUGACGAGACACCGACUCUAGAGGAUAUUGCCACAGCUAUAGGUGCUAUGAAGAAAGGCAAAGCUGCUGGCCCUGAUGGUAUCCCUGUAGAAGCAUACAAGGCUGCUGGUCCAGCUCUCGUUUAG